AUGACACCGGAAGCAGCGCUGACUAAACUCGCUUACGUGUUAUCGAAGACAGAAUGGGAUUUACAAACGAAGCUGGAAAUGAUGCAAACGAACCUGCGAGGGGAAUUGACCGCUGGACGACCCCCCCGUCACGAAGAUCUAGAUCUCGUCGAGGCGGUUGCAAGAUCCCUCCGGCUCUCCUCGACGGCCGAACGCCAGGAGUUAGGAUCGAUUCUGUUCCCUGCGAUGUUAAACGCUGCCGUGCUGAGCCGCGAUAUCGUGAAACUCGAGAUCUUGAAAGGAUACGGUGCCGACAUAUCGCAACAAAAUGCAGAUGGUCGUACGGCUUUGCACAUUGCUUGCUGCGAAGGUGACUUGAACAUUGUCCGCUGCCUUUUGCGAAUGGGCGCCAAUGUUCACAUUAAAGAUCGAUUCAAUCGUACGCCUCUUAUCGACGCGAUAGAGUUCGAUCAUCACGAGGCCAUUAAGAUCCUAAUGCAGUGCGGCGCACAUCUGCACGGCAGCGCAUAUGCAAUAGGGGAGAAAAUGUGCGCCGCAGCGGCUGUCGGCAACUUGAAACGUUUGAAAUCAUACCAACUGGCGAACGCGGACCUUUCGCAAAAGGAUUAUUCCGGCAGGACACCGUUGCAUUUCGCGGCGCUGCGCAACAAGACGCAAGUCCUCGAGUUCCUGCUGGAUCACAACGUGGAGGCGCAAUGCCUCGACAAGACAAAUCAAUCGCCGCACGAUCUCGCGAGAGUGGCGGGUUCCGCGGACGCGGCGAAGAUUCUGUCACCGGCCAGUUGCCCGAACUCUGCGCUAAUUACAGAGGAAACAUCAAGAUGA